AUGUGGUCUGAAUCAGCCAAUCAGUCACUUCCUACUUCGGCAUGGUUUAACGUGUUUUUAAAAGGCUUUUCUUUUCCAUCAAUUGCUCUUUUUGGAGACCUUGGCAAGCCUACUUUGCGUGGUGUUCGUAAGUGCCCGAAAUGUGGAACGUACAAUGGGACACGAGGCAUUAGCUGUAAGAACAAGUCCUGCGAUGUCGUGUUUAAAGAAAAAGAACGGAAACGUGGCCAUAGUGCUGAUGCAGUGAAGAUCAUCACUGGUUCUACCGAACAGGUUUUUUCAGUCAGACUCCGCGACCGAGGACCAGACUAUAGGGGCUUUGUUCAGCUGCCUUUUGUGCAGGACAUUGAUGGCAAUCCAGCCUCUGAGGUAACCAAUGAGACAAAGCAAGAGAUUUGGAUUAUGGCCACGGAGAUUACCGGCCCACUUGUCCAACGAGUGACUAAGAACAUAAUGGUGGUUAAAUGCAAGGCUAGUCAGAAGCAACCAUUGGGUUUUUUGCAUUUUGCAUUUUUUGAAACCACUCGAAAUCGGUCACAGCCAGAAUACAAAUUCCAGUGUAGCUGUAAAGCAUUUAAGAAUCAUAAAAUUGGUGUUGCCAAGGAGGACAGUCCCAAAAGAUGUGUUCAUUUUUAUGCUUGCAUCUGUGCAUUUGCUAGUGAUGAAAAACUUGCUGAAGAAUUUGCAUAUUAUAUUAACAUUGAUUCAGCAGCUACUCCUGUACCAGAACAUAAUUUGAUAACAAUCUACCAACAAUCAUCUGAAGGAAGUGUAACUCCAGCAGAUACUACUGCAGUUGAAGUUAUUGUAUCCGGGGAAGACCUUUUAGGGCCUUCUGCAAAAAAGAAACGAAAAGAUGAUACACGAUUGCAAGCCAGCAGUGCCCUCUUGACAUUGCAAGAAGGAGGAGUGACCACACGAAAAUCUAGUCCCGUGAAACAGACAGCCCAGCCACCACAGCAGCCUGCCAAGACCAAUACUCCGCCCAAAAAAUCAGCUACAGUUCAAAUUGAUGAGAACAGUGUUGCCGUGACAUUCCAUCAGUGGCUUGGCAGCGUUACAGAGAGAAUCAAUCAAACAAUGCAUUACCAAUUUGAUGGUAAUCCAGAGCCUCUUGUAUUCCAUGCCCCACAGGUGUUCUUUGACUGUUUGCAACAGAGAAUUUCCUCAGGUAACCGAAAGAAGCGCUUACCCAAUUAUACAACGGGUUUUGUUCGGAAGGAUGCUCUCCCUUUAGGAAUGUUCACUAAAUACACUUGGCACAUCACAAAUAUUUUACAAGUAAAGCAGAUAUUUGACACAGCAGAUAUGCCGCUUGAGAUAACUCGGAACUUUGUUGAGAACAGAGAUGGCACAUAUGACCUUUAUGAGGUCCCCAAAGUCCAGGUGGAGAAUAUCGAUGAUACUUACAAGAGCAAAAAUCAAACUCCAAUUAGGCCGUUUGAGCUGAAAACGUUUCUCAAAGUUGGUAACACAAGUUUGGAACAGAAAGAUCCGACGCCAUUCAUUAUAGAGUGGAUCCCAGACAUUUUACCAAAAUCACACAUAGGUGAACUUCGGAUUAAAUUCGAAUACGGACAUCAGAGAAAUGGUCACAUAGAACAUCGUUUGAUAGCUGCUACAGGCUCUGAGAUUCCCUUUCUUUCUUUCAUUUUUUCUUUCUUUUUUAUUCUCUUCAUCUCUUUUAUCUUUCUACUAUUCCUUCUCUUUUUACUUUUCAUCGUAUCUUUUAUUCUUCUUUUCCUUCCUUCUCGCUUUCUUUUUAAUUCUCUUUAUAUCUUGUAUCUUUCUAUAUUUCCAUCCAUUUUCCUUCUUUUUACCAUUUUCAGUUUCUUUCUUUCUUUUUAA